AUGUUCCAGCAGAGGUCAGUGUUGCAGGCAGUCAAGAGAACUCAGUCAGGCCACUUAAACAACCUGCACUUAAACCAGGAGGUAGAGCAUGUGUUCUCUGGUCAGGUGCAGUAUGUUGAAGGAGCUAGUGAUGCCCCUUUCCCUACCUCCACCAUCCGUUCAAGCAACUACCCUUUCUCCAAUUCACCACUCUAUUCCCAAACUCCGACGUCCUCCUCCAACUUCUAUGAAGCCACCUCCAGCUCUGAGUCGGACAUCCCUGGAGCUGUGGCCUCUCAGUCUGUUGCAGCAGCAGUUACAGCGGGCACUACCACGGCUGCGGGCGGGGCGGGCUAUGUGCUUCCUGGGGGAUAUCUGUUGGGAGCAGCUCAGACUUUCUCCGGAUCGAACUCUCGUGCUCCACCUGCCACUGUGCAGUGGCUGGUUGAAAACUACGAGGGAGCAGAAGGUGUGAGCUUGCCCCGCUGCACUCUUUACUAUCACUAUCUGCUGCAUUGUCAGGAGCAGAAACUCGAGCCAGUGAAUGCUGCUUCUUUUGGAAAACUUAUUCGGUCUGUCUUUUUGGGUUUGCGCACAAGGAGAUUAGGAACUAGAGGGAACUCCAAGUACCAUUACUAUGGCCUGAGGAUCAAGUCAGGCUCCCCUCUGCUCAGGCUGAUGGAUGAGCAUCAACACAUGGCCAUGAGGCAGCAGCCAUUUUCACAGAAAACACGGGUAAAGCAGGUUCAGAAGGCACAGGGCAUUGCUAAUGGGACAUCAGGAGGGGCAGGUCAACAGCAGGCAACAGGACUGUGUGACAUUUCAGCUCAGGUUCAACAGUACCAGCAGUUCCUGGAGGCAUCACGGCCACUUCCAGAAUUUGGGGACAUUGAUUUACAAGACAGAGCUCUGCCUGAUGGAGUCCUUUUGGAGCACCUCAGGGCAUUUCAGAGUCUUUACAGGGAACACUGUGAGGCAGUAAUGGACGUCAUGAUCAAUCUUCAGUUCACUCUUGUGGAAACACUGUGGAAAUCCUUCUGGAGGUUUAGUCAAAACAAUGACACAGAAUCCCUCAACCUGCAUAAUGAGUCAGAGAAACGGCUGCCUAAGGCCUGUCUGGUGAUGCUGUGUAAGUUUGAGCCAGUCCUUCUCUGGACCAAAGAAUGUGACAACCUGCUCUACCAGACUCUAGUGGAGAUCCUCAUUCCUGAUGUAUUGAGACCUAUUCCCAGUGCCUUAACUCAGGCUAUUCGCAAUUUUGCUAAAAGUUUAGAGAGUUGGCUGAUUGGUGCCAUGAUGAACAUCCCAGAAGAGAUGGUUCGCAUUAAGGUAGUUUGUGUGAACUCCUUUUCCCAAACCCUGCGCCGCUACACCAGCCUGAAUCAUUUGGCCCAAGCAGCUCGUGCUGUGCUUCAGAAUUCAGCUCAGAUCAACCAAAUGCUGUCGGACUUAAACAGAGUGGAUUUCACCAACGUUCAGGAGCAGGCAUCGUGGGUGUGUCAGUGCGAUGACGUUAUGGUUAAACGUUUGGAGCAGGACUUUAAAGUGACUCUUCAGCAGCAGAACUCCCUGGAGCGGUGGGCCUUAUGGCUGGACAGUGUGGUCACUCAGGUGCUCAAACCCUUCGAAAACAACCCUGCCACUUUACCAAAGGCAGCCAAAACCUUUCUGCUCAACUGGUCAUUUUACAGUUCGAUGGUGAUUCGAGACCUGACUCUUCGCAGUGCUGCGAGCUUUGGCUCCUUUCACCUGAUCCGCCUGCUGUAUGACGAGUACAUGUACUACCUCAUAGAGCACAGAGUGGCCCGGGCCAAAGGGGAAACUCCUAUUGCAGUGAUGGGAGAGUUUUCCAGUACAGUGAAGAGACAUAACUCACCAGAUAUGGAGAAAGACGAGGAAGAGGAGGAGGAAGACGAUGACAGUGAUGAAGAGGGUGGAGACAUCAUGCUUCAGUCCAGUUCUCUAAACGAGGUGAGAGACAAAGAUUCACUGGAACCACCAACCAAACAGCCCAGGACAAGCCUCAAUCUGCUGCCAGAGACACACAGCACAUCUUAAACACCAUCCUAUCUGUGUCCUUAACAUUUACCAUGCCACUGCGUUGAUUCACUGUGGUGUUGUGAGCUAACUGCGAAUGCAUGCUGUGAGUAUGAACUUGAUAGAAUGGGAAUUAAAUCAGCCUUUCUCGCCAAAUGUUUUUUUUUUUUUUUUUUUUUAAUCUUAAUUUCAGAUGCCAUUUUCUGCCUUCAGAUCAUCUAAUCCUUAUCAUCAUACUCCUUGUGCCUUUCCUAUACUCCCAGUGGCUGUUGAGAUUAAAAGCCAUGUUUGUUUAGCCUUUAUGAAAUAUAUACUUGUUUAUUUCUUUAUAUAAAAAAUUAUUGUAUCCCUUUUUACCCCGCCUUAACCACUGACCUGAUCGCUGUGGUAAAAAUCACAUUAUAAUCCGUUGUGCUCUACUUUAAAUUUAAGCCAAGGAGAUGACUAUGCAGAAGAGCACUGCACCAUUUACUGUAUUGUUUGACUUGCUAUGUUAUAUUCAGCCAUAUUUUUUACAUGUUUAUUCAUUGAGGUAACUAAUGAAUAAACUAACUGUGCCUUUUGCGAGGUGUGUAGGUGGAAAUGUGCGUAUAAUAUAUAUUCUGUAACAGUGGGUUAAUAAACAAUGGUCAUGUGGUGUGA